AUGGGGAUACAUGGAUUGCUGCAAUUUAUCAAAGAAGCUUCUGAACCUAUCCACAUGAGGAAGUAUAAAGGGCAGGUGGUCGCUGUGGAUACAUAUUGCUGGCUUCACAAAGGAGCUGUUGCUUGUGCAGAAAAGCUAGCCAAAGGUGAACCUACUGAUAAGUAUGUAGGAUUUUGUAUGAAAUUUGUAAAUAUGUUACUCUCUCAUGGGAUCAAGCCUAUCCUGGUAUUUGAUGGAUGUACUUUACCUUCUAAAAAGGAAGUGGAAAAAUCUAGAAGAGAAAGACGACAAGCCAAUCUCCUUAAGGGAAAGCAGCUUCUUCGUGAAGGGAAGGUCUCAGAAGCCAGAGAAUGUUUCACACGUUCUAUCAAUAUCACACAUACUAUGGCCCACAACGUAAUUAAAGCUGCUCGGUCUCAGGGAGUAGAUUGUCUUGUGGCUCCAUAUGAAGCGGAUGCACAGCUGGCCUAUCUUAACAAGGCUGGCAUUGUACAAGCUGUAAUUACGGAGGACUCUGAUCUUCUUGCUUUUGGCUGUAAAAAGGUUAUUUUAAAAAUGGACCAGUUUGGAAAUGGACUAGAAGUUGAUCAGGCUCGUCUGGGAAUGUGCAAACAGCUUGGGGAUGUGUUCACAGAAGAGAAGUUCCGUUACAUGUGCAUUCUUUCAGGCUGUGACUAUCUUUCAUCACUGCGUGGGAUUGGAUUAGCCAAGGCCUGCAAACUACUAAGACUAGCCAACAAUCCAGAUAUUUUAAAGGUCAUCAGGAAAAUUGGACAUUAUCUCAAGAUGAACAUAACAGUACCAGAAGAUUACAUCAAAGGAUUUAUUCGGGCCAACAAUACCUUCCUCUAUCAGCUAGUUUUUGAUCCCAUCGAAAGGAAACUCAUCCCUCUGAAUGCCUAUGAAGAUGAUGUUGAUCCCAAAACACUAAGCUAUGCUGGGCAAUAUGUUGAUGAUUCCAUAGCUCUUCAAAUAGCACUUGGGAAUAAAGAUAUAAAUACUCUCGAGCAGAUUGAUGACUACAAUCCAGACACUGCCAUGCUUGCCCGAUCAAGAAGUCAUAGUUGGACUGACAGAGCAUGUCAAAAAUCAUCUAAUAUUAAUAGCAUUUGGCAUAGGAAUUAUUGCCCUAGACGUGAACUGGAUAUUGUUUCAGAUACUACAAAGGUGAAGGAAAAUCCAAGUACUGUGGGCAUUAAACAAGUGAUUAGUACUAAAGGGUUAAAUCUUCCAAGGAAGUCAUCCAUUGUAAAAAGACCAAGAAGUGAAGAGCUAUCAGAAGAUGAUAUGAUGGAUCAAUAUUCUACUUCCUUUACAAAGAAGAUCAAGAAAAAUAGUUGUGAAGGUAAUAAGUCAUUGAACUCUUCUGAACUAUUUAUGCCUGACCUGGUAGAUGGAACUACUAUUAAAAAAAGCUUAAGCACACCACCUACGACAAGAAACAAAUUUGCAACGUUUUUACAGAGAAAAAAUGAAGAAAGUGGUGCAGUUGUGGUUCCAGGCACCAGAAGCAGGUUUUUUUCCAAUUCUCUGGAUUCUGUUGACUGUAUAUCAAAGAAAGCAAGCAGCCAGCCUCUAGCUGAAACUGCUGUCACAGAUAAAGAAACCGAUGCAGGUGAACCAGAUUGUCUAGAGGACAAGAAGUUGGGUGAUACCAGUGUAUCGCAUAAUUCCAGUGAGCAGACUCCAGAUGGUGUGACUGUGAUGGCUGAAGAGUCUCGGUCUUUUAAGACCAGCGCAUUCACGAGGACCAUCUCACCACCCACCUUGGGGACACUAAGAAGUUGUUUCAGUUGGUCUGGAAGUCUUGGAGAUAUUUCAAGAACUCCAAGCCCCUCUCCAAGCACAGCAUUGCAGCAGUUCCGUAGAAAGAGUGAUUCUUCCACCUCUCUGCCUGAGAAUAUUGAGAUGUCUGAUGUAGCUCCAUUAAAGAGUGAUGAGUCAAGUGAUGAAUCACAUCCCUUACAUGACGUGGGUUGCUCCUCACAGUCUCAGGAAAGCAUGGACUUGUCACCACACAAUUUAAAUGCAUCAAAACUUUCUCAGCCUUCUAGUAAGGAUUCAGAUUCAGAGGAAUCUGAUUGCAAUUUUAAGUCACUUGAUAAACAAGGUAAUCAGAAAUCCAAGCUACACUUGUUUCAUUUUUCGAAGAAAGACACGCUUCUAAGAAACAAGAUUCCUGGGCUGUAUAAAUCCAGUUCUGUGGACAGUCUUUCUACAACCAAGAUCAAACCUUUAGUACCUGCCAGAGCCAGUGGGCUGAGCAAGAAGCCAUCAAGCAUCCAUAAGAGAAAUCAUCACAAUGCCGAAAACAAGCCAGGACUGCAGAUCAAAAUCAAUGAACUCUGGAAAAAUUUUGUAUUUAAAAAAGAUUCUGAAAAGCUUCCUUCUUGUAAGAAGCCAGAUCCCCUGUCUCCAGUCAAAGAUAACAUCCAGCUAACUCCAGAAGAAGAGGAUAUAUUUAACAAUUCUGAAUGUAUGCUUGUUCAGAGAGCACUAUUCCAGUAA